AUGCAACGACUGCUUCGGCAAAUGACGUUAUCCCGCAAGAAAUCAAUAGAUCUGGAAACACAAGCCGACUCGGUCAUCCAGAAGUUGACAUACAAUAAGCGCAUGGAAUUUAUCCAAUUUCUGUUCGAUGUCAAGCCUGAAAUCCUCACCGGCUUCCCUGGAAUCGAAUCAUACUGUGACUAUUUAGAGCAUGAUGCUUUCCAGUCAUUGAUGGACCCAGAAUUUAGCUUGAUCUGGGAAUUUAUAUCCUGCAAAAAAGCCAAAGAGAUCACAGACUGUUGGGACUGGUGUCUUGCAGUGUUGCAGGUGACACAGUCUGAAUAUCCCGAAGUCAGUAUACACGACAUAGCACAGCGCCUCGAAGAGCAGAUUGGUCCCUUGAAAACGAAUAUAGGGCGAGUCCAGGAUAAGAGUUAUCUUUACAUCGCGAUUUUCGGGGUUCUGUGCUGGUCAAGCCUGGUGGUGCGGCCUAGGUUGAUCUUCACAGAUGCUGUGUCGCCGAAUUUCACAUGCCUCCUGCCACACGACCCCAAAUCGACAUUAAAAUCCCCCUCCAACAAACUAGUUGACAGAUGUAAGCGGCCAUUACUGACCACUUUUCGGUCGUUCAAACCACAGAACUGGGGUGACCAGUCAAGUGAACGUAUAGUUGAUGGAUCGAGACCUCGAGAAACGGAUAGCCUGUACGUGGCAAGCCUCAACGUCUACUCGUUACGCUACUUUGGGCACGUCACCAUUCAAUGGGUCGAUACCAUCAACGAGCAUCUACGGUUCAAUCCAGCUGAUCGUCGGCUGUCCCUGUUUCGCUUUCCCACAUUCUGCGCAUUGCUUGCUAGCCAUGGAGAAAAUGUUUGCCCCACGAUUAGAAGUAUUCAUGAGCAACUUGACCCUUUGUCCCCGGAGGAGAAGGACCAGUGUUGCGUUAGUCUAGAACAAGAGAUUAUCCUCUCCUACCGCCUUCUUGUUGGACAAGACGACAAGUCCAGAAAGGUUGCACGUGAAGAAAUUUGCAUGUUGAAGAACUCGUCCGCAGAUCAAAUUGUGGACAGAAUGCUCUCGGAUCUCUGCGAACGCAAGUAUGACUGUGGCAGUCAGUGGUGGAAGACAUGCGACAAAGUCUUGCAGAGCUAUCCAUCCGAGGUAUGGCCAAUCACAUGUCGGACCAUGGAAGGCCAUCUUCAGCAAAGCGACGUAUACAGCGCUCGAGACGACUUCCCAAGGCUUGGACCACGGUUGAUCAAGCUCCAGCAGUUCAAUACACGUCAGAGACCCAGUAAGCUGACCGAUCUGUGGCGCGAUAGGCGCAAUCCUUUACAAUGGUACACAUUCGGGGCUGUGUUACUGGUUGGGGGAGUGGCGAACAUUCUGGCAGCACUUCAGCUCCUGGUCUCUAUUGCUGCACUGAAGUUCUAG